GAGCCACGAAAAUUCCGUAUACUCUGUAAAUUUUUACGUACAGCAAACACUUAUAUAGAUCCAAUCACACCUAUAUAGCUAUAUACAUAUAUAUAUAGCGGUCGCAUCUCUUUCAUAACCUCCGCACGUAUCUACUGUAGUCGUAAAGUGCGGAAGAAAAGCUACUUUGUAAAUGAACAAGUAUGAAAGAAUUUUUUGCAACAGUCAUAACUUAUUAACUAUUAAAUUUUAUCGAAAUUUAUUUCGUUAUAUAAUUUGUCUUUACAGAAAGCAAAAUAUGAUUUUUCACACAGUAUAGUCAUGUAAGAGUUUGAAACUUGAAGGUAACCAUCGACCAAUAAAAAAUGCAAAAUGAAAUUAUAGUUUAACUGGAAAAACAUCGCUAUAACAUAUUAUUGGAUUUAAUUAAAUGUCUUUAGAAAAAAAAAAAUAUGUUCACUAGAAUCAUCAGGCAAUCAGUGCCAUUAGGUGGAAUAUGCAAGUCAUAUAGCAACAGGACAUGCAGACUGCAUAAUAAUAUGAAAUUAAGCUUGAAGUAUGUACAAAGUAGCAGACAGUAUGGUAAAACACCUAGCUUGCUACUUGCGAAUCAGCAGAGUCCAAAAGAAAAAUUAACAGAAAUAAAUAAUGAAAUUAAUAAGGAACCUAACACAGACAAGAACAAUGAAACUCAAAAAGAUUCACAAGAAAGAAGUGAUCAAAAUCAGGAGAAGCCCAAAGAAGAAAGCAGAUCUGAAGAUGAAAAGGAUGAUAAACGAAAAGGCAGAUCAUCUGUCUUUGCAAAAGCACUGGUUUUGCAUGCUUUUGAAAAUGCUCGCAAAAAGGAAAAAGAAACGUUUUUAGAGUGUCUGCGAAUGUACCAAAAUCAACCAGGAAUAAAGCAGGAGCGUGUCCCUUUCAUCUAUACUGCUUUAAAGUACAUGGAAGAAUUUGGAGUACACAAAGAUUUGUCAGUGUACAAGCAACUAAUAGAUAUCUUCCCAAAACAAAAAAUGAUACCAAGUAACUUAUUCCAGGGAAUGUUUCUUUACUAUCCAAAAGAGCAGUACUGUGCAACAGCUGUUCUAGAGCAAAUGGAAGACAACGGAGUAAUCCCGGAUCCUGAAAUGGAAUUAAUGCUGCUGAACAUAUUUGGCAGGCAUGGAAUGCCACUGGAAAAGUACUGGAAGAUGAUGUACUGGCAGCCCAAGUUUAAAAACUUAAAUCCAUGGCCUGUUCCUCAACCUAUUCCAACCGAUCUCAGGGAGUUAGCUUGGUACGCUAUGAACAAAAUUUCUUCCAUUGAUGUCAGGAGUGUUGUCACUGAUUUUAACACUGAAGAUGUACCGGACUCUAUAGACAAAACGUGGAUUGUAUCCGCCAUGGCUCCAGAUCAAAGUGAAUUACUGAAAAAACACGACAAGAGCAAGCCAAUCUAUGUAGAAGGACCUUUUCAAAUUUACGUGUCUAUUCAUGCAAUGGACUAUUUUACUCUAAGAACUGAUCCCAUACACGACAGAAAAUUUCCAGAAGAAGAUACUGAUGACGUAAAAAAACUAAGAAACCCCUAUACGGAAAUUAGAACAUCCGAAGUGAUAUUGCCACCGACUGUCCACGAGCAAGAAGACGGAACGAUAUUCGCCAACUGCUGUACCGGCACGUCGUCGAAAGACUCCCUUCUAUCGUGGAUUCGUUGUCUGCAAAAGGAUAAUCCAGUUCUAGCCGAGAUCCCCAUCGUCUUUACUCUGAGGAAACAAUUCCAGGACGAACGCUACCUCGACAGCGGCAACAAACAGCAAGUUCCCGACUCGGAAUCGAAGAAAGACGACGACGAUAAGCUCCUGCAGUGAUGAUAGUUUUUCUCUCUUAGAGACAAACUCAAAUAGUCGAAAUCCGAUACAUAAAUAUUUUUAUCUCGUCCGAUUAGACGCUGUAUCAUAAAUCUGUAUAUAUUAUCUCGUUAAGUUUGAAAAUAUACAAAAGUUUUUUAAGAUAAGAUA